CGCCGGCCAGGGUGGGGGGCGCGCCGCUGCGGCACAGCAGGUCCCGGCGGCGGCUACUCGCAGCGCACAGCGCGCCUCCCAGGCGGAUUCGGGCCCCGAACGUGACAGCGCGGCAGGAUUGUUUUCUGAUCAAGCAGACAGUUCAGGAUACGAGUUGAAGGAUGAAAGGUCACCGUGGCAGUGAGAGCGACAGGUUAUUGCGGCAGGAGGCUAGCUGCCUCAUGGAUGAAACCCCAGCUGCAGCCCAAGAAAAAGAAACAAAUAGCCUCGUUUCUUCUGGUCUUCAAAAUCUUACUUAUCCUCUAGGUCCCAGGAAUGAUGACCUUUCAUUUGACUAUGCCUCUCAGCCAGCAAAUCUUCAGUUCUCUCACAUAAUGCCACUUCCUGAAGACAUCAAAGGCCCUUGCUUCCAAAGUGGGAAUAAACGGAACCAUGAACCCUUUAUUGCUCCAGAUCGAUUUGGAAACAGCACUGUGGGCUUUGGCAGUAAUGUUCAUUCCCAGGCACCAGAGAAAGUGACCCUUCUUGUAGAUGGCACACGUUUUGUUGUGAAUCCUCAAAUUUUCACCGUUCAUCCGGAUACCAUGUUGGGAAGGAUGUUUGGACCAGGCAGAGAGUACAACUUCACACGGCCCAAUGAGAAGGGAGAGUAUGAAAUUGCUGAAGGAAUCAGUGCAACUGUAUUUCGAACAGUGCUGGAUUAUUACAAAACUGGUAUCAUCAAUUGUCCUGAUGGCAUUUCUAUCCCAGACCUUAGAGAUACAUGCGAUUAUCUCUGCAUUAACUUUGACUUCAACACUAUCCGAUGUCAAGAUCUGAGUGCUUUACUGCAUGAACUGUCUAAUGAUGGUGCUCACAAGCAGUUUGAUCACUACCUCGAAGAGCUGAUCCUGCCCAUCAUGGUGGGCUGUGCCAAGAAAGGGGAGCGAGAGUGCCAUAUUGUUGUGCUGACGGAUGAGGAUUCUGUGGACUGGGAUGAAGACCACCCCCCACCCAUGGGGGAGGAAUAUUCCCAAAUUCUUUAUAGCUCAAAGCUCUAUAGAUUCUUCAAAUAUAUUGAGAACCGGGAUGUUGCUAAAACAGUGUUAAAGGAGCGGGGCCUGAAAAACAUACGCAUUGGAAUUGAAGGUUACCCUACCUGUAAAGAAAAAAUUAAGAGAAGACCUGGUGGUCGGUCUGAAGUAAUCUAUAAUUAUGUGCAGCGCCCCUUUAUCCAGAUGUCAUGGGAAAAGGAAGAAGGAAAGAGUCGCCAUGUGGAUUUCCAGUGUGUUCGAAGCAAAUCCCUCACUAAUCUGGUAGCUGCUGGAGAAGAUGUCUUGGAGGACCAGGAGAUAUUAAUGUACCACCCACCCCAAGUGGAUGAACUUGACAGGCUAAAUGCCCCUCUUUCGCAGAUGGUGUCCAGUGACUUUCAGGACUAGGGCCAGCUGUGAGGCUGCCCCUCUUCAGAGGUUUGCUCUGUCUGGGAUGCCCACAGCCAGUCUUCCCCAGUGUUUGUUUCACCUGAUAGGAGAUACGCUUCUCCCUCAUCCUUUGCCUUUCUUCCAUAAUUAGAGUGUGUCCUUUUAAGUAAGCCUGUGCCUCCGGCAAGGGAUGAAAAACACUUGCUGGUAAUUAAGCUUUCAGCUUGGAGCAGCUCUGGUAACUUGAAAAUUUUGGGUCUGGUGCUGUUCACUGAGUCUCUGCAUAACUGCAAAAGCAGGAAAGGAAGUCAAGACUCUUGUUGCCUCAUAUUCAGCAAAGGCAGUCUCAUCCUUUAAACUCUGUUCUUGGCUUUUGUUUCAUUUUCUUUUAUACCAGGCAAAUUACUUAGCAGCAAAGGGACCAAAUUUAAAAGGAGACAGUCUCUAUCUUCUUCAAGCAGGCUAAUGGGAUGCUUACAAGAUGCUAAUGAAGAUGUCAUUCCUGGUGGUCUCUGAUGAAGACUGCAGCUGGGAAGAACUAGGCUCAUUCAGAAUGUCCAAGAGGAAAUUCUUAAGAGUUUAAGUUCACUAUUGUUUUUCAUAAAUGCAGUGAACAAUCCAAAACCACACAGGUUCUCUGACAGAGAAGAUACUGGCAUAACAAUGUUCAUGAAACCUCUUAGUCUUCGAGGUUUUUAAGCCUAAACAAUUGGUAUUCAUUUGGACUGAAAGUGAAAGAACCUCUCUGAACCAGCCCACUGAGAUUAUCCUGGUAUGGAAUCUGGUGUGAAGCCAUAGGUCUUCACCCUAGUGGGGCACAUUGCUGUGGGUAUGGGUGGAAGACCUUAGCUGUGCCUUAAAGUCUUUCAAGAUGUAAGCAGAGAUUUCUCACAAGUGCUCAGUUUCUCAACAGACUUAAGAGCUCUAGAGAGAGGGGACAUUUGGGGUGAAGCUGGGUGGGAAAAUGUCACCUACCCAGGCUUUGUCCCAGUGCAGUCUUUUUCUUUGUAUAUUUCUUUCAUGUUAGUGGAAUUUCUUUGGAUAUCAGCAUGUUUCAAUUUGUGAAAUAGCCUGUCACACUGCUCACAUGGGUAAGAAAACUAUGCUGUCAUCCCCAAAGGAAGGCUGAGUCGAAGGGAUAUUAGGUCUGGUGAUUUUUAUCUGCUUUGUCAGCCCCGUGUUAACAGUGCACCGUAUGUGACAGCCCAGAUCACUCCCUCCAGCCUCCCUAAUCCUGAACCACCUUCCCUGAUGGCCCUGUGGCUGUUAACAGCGCAACUAAAUUUAGAGUCUAGAGCCAGAUGUGACUUGGGAUCAUCUCCUAUUUUGUGGUAAAGGCUGGCCUUCCGGUUACCUACCCAGAGCACUUAUUCAUCUUAUUCAUCACAAAUUACAAAGAGAUCUAGUUUCUUUCAAGUUCUUAAGAGAAGAACGUGUCUGGUUUUCUUAAGAUUCUAUCCCCAUGAGACAUUAGGGCAAGGCUACUUGAUUCCAUUUUAGGACUGUCCUAGUCACAGUCCUCCAAAGGUGAAGUCAGAUGGAUGUUAAAAGCUCCUCUUUCCAAGCUAGAAGAACAAGAACAAGUUCUUAAGUGUGUUCUGUGUGUCUGUGACCAGCAUCACAGUCGAAAUCAAUGUUUACUCAGAAAAAGCAGUAGUAAGGGGUUAAACUGAGCCAUCUUCCACCUACAGGGUUCUGGUUAUCACUGGCAUCCAUUUGUAAGGCUGAUGGUUUAGGGUUUAGGGUUAGGGUUUGGGUUCUUUUAUAGUCAGAGGGUAGUUUCAUCUUUGAAACUCAUUGGCUUGUAUUUGAGGUCAGGUAUGGUUGCAUAUACUACCUUAUUAGUACUACAUUCAUACCUUGACCAGCCCAGAAAAUUUUUUAAUGGUGCUUCCUUUAGGCUUUUCAGGUUACUUCCAUGCCAUCACAAGGGAAAUCUGAAUUAACUCUGUAGUCUAUAAGAUGUAUAACUUCUGUUAUAUGUCUUAUGUGUUAAUAUUUAUGUGUGAACAUGCUGCAGCUAACACUCUAAAACUAACUAGUCCUUGCUUAGGUUAAAAACCAGGUAUGAAAGUAUGGUGUGUGCUUAACACUUUGUUCUAUGUAAAAUAUUAAUUUCCUCAAGGCUUUCAAGAACUAGUUAACGUGCUUUUGGCCCUAACCCAUGGGGUUUAGGUGAGCUGGGAAUCUGCAGAGGUAAAUCGCAAGUGUCACCAGGUGGUGGUGACUGAGGGGAAAGCUGGGUUCACAGGUUCCUUCUGGUGGAGAGAGGUUUCUGUAAUCCCAGCCUGGAGCUCAAUGUAAUUUGGUGGCUCCCCUCAGCCAUUGCUGCUCUGUUCCCAGCACCAUGCUAUUCUGAAAUGGCAGGACCUCUCAGUCCUUUCAGGGACAAGGGCUGGGUUGUGGUUAUUCCCUUCAGAGUCAGCUACUAGCCAGCUGGGCAAGAGGUAUUUCUGUUAAAACAAGGUGGAACUCAAGUUUGGUGUUUUUUUUCUAAGUGCCUAAAUAAGUAUGCCAGGCUGUUUAUACAGAAACAUUUUCAUAACAAAAUGGUUUUACCCAGACUCUUAUUACUCAGAGGUAUCUCAGCAAGCCAAUAUGAACCUGAAUUUAAGGUUUAGAAUCUGAGUUUGUAUCUGCAGAUCAUGUGUAGCUGGUUAGGAAACAUUUGCCAUUGAGGAGCUGGAGGGAGGGCAAACUGUUAAAAUGUGUCUGGUGAGCUUACUUAAUGGUUUCUCCAUAGUGGAGGAAAGGUAUUGAAAGAAUGAUAUCAAAAAGGAUAAGGAAGCUUGACAGUAGCUAGAUUUACUGCACAAUAUGCAAUAGAUUGUGAUUUUUAAACUAAUUUCCAAGAGAACAAUGUGAUAUCUAAUAUGCAGGUCCAUGAAAAUGAAAACAGUCAGCCCAGGCUUUAACUCAAAUUGUCAAAACGUGGUACGGUGCCUUUUUUGUCAAGCAUUAAUAGAAAAGUUAAGAAUGAAGGGGUUCUAGUAAUUUAUUGAGUGCCACUUCUUGCCAUUUUGAAAUCGUUAAAAUGGGCACGGUGAGUUCAGAAAGCAAGUCUGAUGCCUUCAUGGGAGAGGGAGCCACAUUCGUGCUCAAGGUGGGACCACCUCUGUAGGAGAACAUUACAUUUCCUCUUAAAGGCAAAAUGCUUGUUUUGUAGGUUUUGCCUCUUUACAUUGUAUUUACUUUGAAAGUUGCACUUGUUCACCUACCAGUGUUUACAAAAUCCUGUAUUUGGAUGCUUUUUCUAUAAUAAAAUACUAUCAUUUGUG